UAUCAUGUGAGUUACUGUGGAGAACAAAAUUGAAACACUGAGACCACUUGUUACCUUCCCACAUGACUCACUUUUGCUAUUAAGGAGACCUGGUGAACAGGGGAAGGCCUGCCAACCUGUGCUUCAGGAGGCACAUUCCCUCAGGCAGCCUGCAGGUAGGCCAGUGCAGAAGCUGCCACCUCGUGUUCCAUGGGGGCCCUGUGGGAGAUGGCCCCCGGGUCUUUGGCACUGCUGCCGCUGCCACUGCCGCUGCCGCUGCUACUGCUACCCAGAUUCCUGCCCUUCGCUGCUGGCUGCCCAGAUGCCUGCCGAUGCUACAGCGCUACGGUGGAGUGCGGGGCCCUUCAUCUGCGUGUUAUUCCAUCCGGCAUCCCGCCAGGGACACAGACGCUGUUCCUGCAGGACAACAGCAUUGAGCACCUGGAGACAGGGGUCCUGGCACCACUUGCCACCCUCAGGCACCUCUACUUGCACAACAACAGCCUGCGCUUCCUGGAACCAGGGGCCUUCCAUGCACAGUCAUGCCUCCUAGAGCUGGCACUCACGGGUAACCGGCUGCAGGGUCUGCGUGUGGGCACCUUCACUGGCCUGACCCAGCUGCGCACACUCUACCUGGCCGGCAACCAGCUGGUGCAGCUGCUGGAUUUCACCUUCCUGCACCUGCCGCGUCUCCAAGAACUGCACCUACAGGAAAACAACAUUGAGCUACUGGAGAACCAGGCGCUGACCGGGCUCUCCUCGCUCGCACUGCUGGACCUCAGCAGGAACCAGCUGGGCACCAUCAGCCGGGAGGCCUUGCAGCCCCUGGCCAGCCUACAGGUGCUGCGUCUCACAGAGAACCCAUGGCGCUGCGACUGUGCUCUACACUGGCUAGGGGCCUGGAUCAGGGAAGGGGGCCAGCGACUGCUCAGUUCCAGGGACAAGAAGAUUGUGUGUGCAGAGCCCCCCCGCUUGGCCCUGCAGAGCCUCCUGGAGGUGUCUGGCAGCAGCCUCAUAUGCAUCCCCCCCUCCGUGCAAGUGGAGCCACUGGAGGUGACAGCCAACCUGGGUGAGGACCUGCGGGUGGCCUGCCAGGCUUCUGGCUACCCACAGCCCCUGGUGACCUGGAGAAAGGUGGCCCAUCCUCGAGAGGGGCAGCGGUGGGCCCAGGCCCAGCGAGAAGGUGGGAUGCCUGGGACAGCUGGGCCUGGAGCCUCUGAUACGGGCAGUGGCAUGCUCUUCCUCACCAACAUCACCCUGGCACACGCCGGCAAGUAUGAAUGUGAAGCCUCCAAUGCCGGCGGCGCCGCCCGAGUGCCCUUCCAGCUCCGGGUCAACCUUUCCCAGCAACAGCGGCUAGUUCCACCGGUGACCGGCUUGGUGGGCCCUGCAUCACUCCAUGAGGCAGGCAGUCUGGCCUUCCGUGCACUGGGCCCAGCCACACAGACAGCCGUGGCGGCAGCCAUUGCGCUGCUGGCACUCACAGCCCUGUUAUUGGCUGUGGUCAUCUGCCGCCGGCGCGGGCAAAAGGAGUCAGGGCCGCCUGGUGAGGGUGCCCUCUUCAUCAAUGACUACUCGGAUGGGCCCUGCACCUUCGCACAGCUCGAGGAGCUUCGUAGUGAGCGUGGCCAUGAGAUGUUUGUCAUUGACCGCUCCAAGCCACUCUUCAGCGGGUCAGAUGGGGCCGAUGGCUUCCCACCACCAGUGCCCCAUGCCUAUGAGAUCCACUGCUGAGGGCGGGUGACCCAGGGCAGGCGAGGGUUGCCCAGGGUUUGCUUCGUGCUUAGUAAAGGGUAGAAGCUGUGAA